CUGUCAAACUUCAAAAAUUUUAAUGUUUACGAAAUUUUUUGAUUUUUCCGGACAGAAAUUGCUGAAAAAUGACGAUAACACGACAUUUAUUUGGAUUAUGUAGAUUUGUCAAGCCUAAUUUAGGAGUUUUAAAGCCUCAGAGGUUCAUUCAUCAAACACCUCGUUGCUUCGCCGUACGAAAAGGCAUCCUCGGAGCCAUCAUUAAACCUGCUACGGAAGAAAGUCUUCGUAAAUCCGAUAAAAUUUUGAAUGGAUUUUCUCUAAUCUACAAAGCUCCUGCUGACAAAUACAUCCUUUCGGUCUCCGCUUUCGUUCUUCUCACAGUUUCGGGGCUUUUGACGUACGUUUUCAUCUAUUUCUAUCACGGCAUGACCUUCGAGGAAAUUGUUCCGCGGAAAACUUUUGGCCAGAAAAGAUCUGUAACGACGAACAAGACGGAAUUAAUUAUUGCAGGGAUCGGGACAGUUGUUUUUAACAUCAUGUUGACUCUGAUGAUUCGUCGGUAUCCGUUGCGCAUAUGGAAGAAUGGCGAAAAUUACGUUGCUGUCUUUGAGGGACACAUUCCGUUCGUGAGAAGACAAUUAAAGUUUGUAAAAGGACAAGUAGAACCCGUGCCAGCUAAAGGAGUGUUGCCAUGGGCUCAAAGUAGGUUUCUGAUGAACGGAAAUAAAACGAUUUUAGUUGAUACGCAUUUCAAGACACCUUCUGAGUUGCAUCAGAUGAUCAAUAAAAAGUUUAAAUAUAUCUAAAAAAUAUGGAAGAUAAUAAAAAAUUAGAAGAAAUUCAUAGAAAAAUAAUAAAAAAUAUUUUUUUUUAACUUUUUAAAUUAAAAUUAAGAC